AUGUGGAUAUCACGUCAUAUCUAUACCAGAUUACUCAGCCUAGUUAUUAAUCAUGUCCAUAAAAUAGCAUAUCGGCAAUUUGGUCAAAAUGUUAAUCGUAGCAGAAAAGAAAUCCGAGCCAUCUUGUCAGCUCGAAAUCGUCCAUCACCCAGAGAAUUGAGUGUAUCACGUUGCUAUCAUGAAACCUCUUUGAUGUUUGUCGUGAAAACUAAUCUGUUGACCUCGUUUUUCAGCGUAUCGCUGUUGUGUACAUCUUCUACGCAACAAUCAAGCUCAUGCAUUGCGCGAAGAAAUGAUGCAGGCAGGAUGCGAAGACAUCAUAAUAAAUAUCGAACGAGUAAUGACACUGAUAUGAAAUCCUCAUCAAGAAUACAGUCAAGUAGUAUGAGUUCAAGUGAAUUGGUAAGCAUUGCAAAGUGUCGCUGA